CCGUCUCACAACAUCAGGCUGCAGCAGCUGCGUCUCGGAGCUAACUGCUAACAUCCUUUCUCAUUGUGUUUAUAACCUCACACACAGGAACAAAACAUGUCAGAUACGGAGACAAAACCAUCCAGCCAAGACGGGGGGGAUAAGAAGGAUGGAGAGUACAUCAAAUUAAAAGUGAUCGGUCAGGAUAGCAGCGAAAUCCACUUUAAGGUGAAAAUGACGACACAUCUAAAGAAGCUGAAGGAGUCUUACAGCCAGAGACAGGGCGUCCCUGCAAGCACGCUAAGGUUUCUGUUUGAAGGACAGAGAAUCGCAGACAACCAAACUCCAAAAGAGCUGGGGAUGGAGGACGAAGACGUCAUCGAGGUUUAUCAAGAACAGACGGGCGGACUUUGGAACGAUUAAAACUUUCCUGCAUUUCUUACUCUUUUUUUUUUUUCCUUUUUUUUUUCCUUUUUUGUAUUUUAUUUUGUAUGUAUGUAUUUUUUUCUUUUUUCUUUUUUUUUUUCUUUCCGUUUCAAACCAUCUGGAUCAAAAACAAAAAAAACAAAAAAACGACUAUCAGGGGCUUCCAUGUGUGCGAAGGGUGAACAGGACGAAGACGCUGCGGACGAGACGGGACCCAACAAUUCACGUAAACAGGCGUGUGUGUGUGUGUGUGUGUGUGUGUGUGUGUGUGAGAGCUUGUGUGUGUUUUUCUGUGGAGAAUCAAGGAAUAAUCCGACAUUAUCUUCUCGCGCUGAUUAUCAGGAUUACAAUAUCACAGCUUUGUUUGAGCUUUAUUUUAAGAAAAUAAAAAUCUGGAUGAAAUUUAAGAUGAAUUUAAUGGAAAAAAAGAGGAGGGGCGGGGGGGGGGGGCUGCUUUGGAUGUGUGUGUGUGUUUGUGUGUGUGUGUGUGUGUGUGUCGUCUUAAAAACUAUACUAUAAAACAUUUUAUCAGCUUCAGAUUUGGGUUUUUUAAAAGAGGAGACUUUGGUUUAAAGAUGAGUUAAAAGUCUUUUCAAAAUAAAAGGACGUAAGGUGAGAGUGAAGCAGUUUUUCAGUCGCGGCCUCAGCAGGAAGAGAGACUGAAACAAAGCUGCAGAUCAGCUGAGCAGAUAAUGACAGAAAUGUAUUUUGUAUUUAAAGUCUGGCGUCAUAUUUGCAUUUUUUCUUGCAUAGGAAGUUUGCUUACACACACACACACACACACACACACACACACAGACACACACAGGUUGCUUAAUUUAGGAGAAACAUGUGACCCAAGGAGUUUUAAAGAACCAAGUCAGACACCUAAAAAGAUGCAACCACACACACAUACACGUUUUUACUACCUCGUGGGGACCCUGACUGGGUUCCAGCCUUUCUAAAAAGGGUCUAGAGAUGUAAUUAUAACUCCUAAAUCAAUAACUCUCACAUAAAUUUGAAACCUGAAUUUUGCCCCCCCUAACUCCCCUCGUUGGGACCCAUAAUGCUAACGUCUAUUAGCAUACGAUUGACAUCACUGUUGACCACAGUACAAUUCAUAACCCUAACCCUGACCCUAUCCCUAAUCAUUAACACUGCAUCUAAUAAUCCAGUUAGCUAGGGGGCUAAUCGCUAAGCUAAUAUGCUAAUACGAAGCUAAUAUGCUAAUAUAUACACACUUUGUCAGGUUGCGGUCCUCACCAGGAUAGAAAAACGCACACACACACAUACACGUUUUUACUACCUCGUGGGGACCCUGACUGGGUUCCAGCCUUUCUAAAAGGGUCUAGAGAUGUAAUUAUAACUCCUAAAUCAAUAACUCUCACAUAAAUUUGAAACCUGAAUUUUCCCCCCUCUCGUUGGGACGCUAAGCUAAUAUGCUAAUACGAAGCUAAUAUGCUAACAUAUACACACUUUGUCAGGUUGAGGUCCCCACCAGGAUAGAAAAACAGGCACGCACACACACACACGAGGCCGUUCAUUCCACAUCUUGUAUAUUUUACAUUCAGGGCAUUUUCGACACAGACGGGUGUUUGUUCAGAAUAUAAAUCAUCCUCAGCACAUAAAUAGGAAGAGAGAGAGCGAGCGAGAGAGAGAGAAAAGGAAAGAAAAGGAGUUUGUCAACACGUGUUUGUGCAGAUUUGAAUAAUUUUUGCAUUUUACAGCCUCUGUGUGCCAUUUGUUCUUUUUUUUCCCGGAGAACUGCAUCAUAAAAUUGUUUAAAAGAAAAAAAAAAAAGCAUUUCUGAUGAUAUCUGACCUCAUUCGGUAAUAUUUGAGACUCUUCUUUUUUAUUUUUAAAAACUUAAUAAUUGUGCUUUACUUGUAUAUGUUGUAUUCAGUAUUAGAGCGUGUGUUUGAAUGAUAUGCCAUAUGUAUCUCCAGUGACGUCUUCUAUUUAUAUUUGAGGGGUUUCAUGCUGUAAUGAUGCAUAUUACACACACACACACACACACACACACACACACACACACACACACACACACACACACACAGCGGGGGAUAUGAAAUGUUUAGCUUGCUGGCGGCUGCAGGGGAAAUCUUUCUGAUGAUCGUGUGAUUACUGUGGUGUCAGCGCUUUGUCUUUUAUUUUGGGAAUGAAACUCUUCAUUUGUGUGUACUGUAUGAAGUUCCUCGAGAAGGUUUAAGAUCAUUGUCAGCAGCAGCAGCCCCC